UUUGAUAGAUUAAUAAUUAAUUUGUCAAAACAUCAUUCUGGUUCAAUGUGUGAUACAUGAUUCCAGUAAAAUUUGACUGUUCAAUAUUAUUUUAUAUCUAUUGUGUUAAUCUUUCAAAUAGCAGUUAGCUAUUUGAUAGUCACUUUAAACAAAUAAAUAAUGAGUGUGAAUGCUUUGCCACAAUUUGACAGGGAGUUGGAUUUGUCAAACACAGGUCGCGGUGUUUGGCUUGUAAAAGUUCCAAAGUAUAUAGCAAAUAAAUGGGAUAAAGCCCCUGGUGAGAUCGAAGUAGGUAAAUUAAAGAUAUCCCGUGUUCCCGGGCAAAAGGCACAAGUGCAGCUGUCCCUUUCCGAGGCUGUAUUAUGUCUGAAGGACCCAGGUGAACAAUCUAUACCCAAAGAACAUCGUCUUAAUGUAUCGAAUGUGACUCGACAAUCAUUGGGAGUUUUCUCCCAUGCAGGCCCUUCAAACACCGAUUCUGUGGUGCCAGAGGCUGAAAAACUGUAUAUGGAAGGUAGGAUAGUACAGAAGUUAGAGUGCAGACCAUAUGCUGACCCUACUUAUUACAAGCUCAAGUCUGAAUCUAUCAGGAAGGCGUCCAUGCCGCAAAGACAAGUGCAACAAUUAGAACGCAUAGUACAAACCUUUAAGCCAGUUUCAGAUCAUAAGCAUAAUAUUGAAUAUCAAGAAAAGAAGAAAGCAGAAGGUAAAAAGGCUCGCGAUGACAAAGAGGCUGUUCUUAAUGUUCUAUUUGCUGCGUUUGAAAAACAUCAGUAUUAUAAUAUAAAAGAUCUUCAAAAGAUCACUAAACAACCUAUUGUAUAUUUAAAAGAGAUACUUAAAGAAGUGUGUAACUAUAAUUUGAAGAACCCCCAUAAGAACAUGUGGGAGCUGAAACCGGAAUAUAGGCAUUAUAAACAGGAAGUACCAGUUGAAACAAAAGAAAGCAAGAACAGCUCUGAUAGUGAAUAAUUAUUUAUUAAUAGGUAUAAUUGACUAUGCAAAUGGUAAUGGUUCAUAUAAAAUAAUGCAUUAAAUAAAAUGGAUUUUAAAGUUA